GAGCCGCUCUGUUUUCCUCUCAACAUUAUUGCUCCAUUUUUGCAGCUCCAAAAAACUCUCUCCCUCUCUCCAUUUCUCUCAUGGAGCCUCUGGUCUUACUAUUUGCUCUUCCAUUACUCUAUUUGCUUGUGAAAAUAUGGAAGCAUUUUGAUGCAAAGAGGGACCAACAAUGCUAUAUUUUAGACUACCAAUGCUUCAAACCAACCGACGACAGAAUGCUGGGCACUGAGCUCUGCAGAGACCUUAUGAUGCGCUCCAAAAAUCUUGGCCUUGAAGAGUUCAAAUUCCUCCUCAAAGCUGUCGUCAACUCCGGCAUCGGCGAGCAAACCUACGGGCCCGGCGUCGUCUUCUCUGCCACGGAACACCGCCCUUCUCUACUCGACGCCAUCUCUGAAAUGGAAGAGUUUUUCCAAGAUUCCCUCCAAAAGCUCUUCGACAAGUCCGGCGUUUCCCCCUCCGAAAUAGACAUCCUUGUUGUCAACAUCUCUUUGAUGACCACUUCUCCUUCUUUCGCCUCCAGGAUCAUUAACAGGUACAAGAUGAGAGAAGACGUUAAAGUGUUCAAUCUGACCGGGAUGGGGUGCAGUGCGAGCCUGAUUUCCGUGGACUUGGUGAGGCGAAUGUUCAAGUCAUACAAGGAUUCAUACGCCAUUGUUGUGACGUCCGAGUCGUUAACUCCGAACUGGUAUUCGGGUAACGAGCGGUCGAUGAUUCUGGCCAACUGUUUGUUCCGAACGGGCGGCGCCGCCGUACUUUUGACAAACAAAAGGAGUUUGAAAAACAAAGCCAUGUUCAAGCUCAAGUGUCUGGUGAGAACCCACCAUGGAGCUCUCGACGAGUCUUUUGGUUGUUGCGUUCAGAAGGAAGAUGACCAAGGCAACCUAGGUAUCUAUCUAGGAAAGAACCUCCCAAAGGCAGCAACUCGAGCAUUCACAGACAACCUAAGAGAAAUAUCACCCAACAUCCUUCCAAUAACGGAGAUAUUCCGGCUAGCACUCCUCACAAUACUACACAAAAUCACCUCAGCCGGGUCGUCGAAGCUGCGUCGGCCAAAGCCAGCAGCGAACUUCCGGGCCGGGGCAGAGCAUUUCUGCCUGCACACCGGGGGGAAGGCAGUGAUAGAUGGGGUGGGAAAGAGCCUGAGCCUGACGGAGUACGACCUUGAACCUGCUCGAAUGACGCUCCACCGGUUCGGGAACACGUCCGCGAGCAGCCUGUGGUACGUGCUGGCGUAUAUGGAGGCGAAGAAGAGGCUGAGAAAAGGGGAGAGGGUUCUGAUGAUAAGCUUCGGCGCGGGGUUUAAAUGCAACAGCUGUUUGUGGGAAGUGGUGAGGGAUUUGGGGGACGCCAAUGUUUGGGGGGACUGCAUUGAUAGCUACCCACCGGAGUCUCUUGCGAACCCGUUUCUUGAGAAAUAUGGGUGGAUUCAACAGGAGGACAUAGCCACCUUCAAAUUACCUGAGUGAGUUAGUGAAUUCUGCACAGCAUUCAAAACCAAGUACAAACAGAAGAAAAGAAAAUGGGUUUAAUUGGGGUUUUUGUUUUUUGGAAAAUUGGUAAAUUCUCUCUCUCCCCCUCCCUAAUUAAUUAUCUUUGGAUUUGUUGUUGUAUUGUAUGUGUAUUGUAUUCUAUUGGUGGAGGUGGUGUUAUUAUUUUCCCGUAAGGAAUAGGAUUUUACUCCUAACCAAACAGGCGAUAUGUGGAAAAACAGUGAAACUUGUUUUGUUGUUGUUGUUAUGUUCUUGUUGCUCCUGCCCACUGUAAUGAAAAUACACACAUUCCCUACCCUACUACAUUCUAGAGGAUAUAUAUUUUAUUUUGUUUAUU